AUGGAGCUACAGUUUCCUGUAAAUGAAGAAUAUUAUUGUCGAUUUAAACAAAUAUCCUCUUUUUUACACCAACAACAUAAAGUGAAUAAACGUAGAAUUGUAGUAGUUACCAGUGGUGGUACUUCUGUUCCUUUGGAAAGAAAUACAGUACGAUUUAUUGAAAACUUCAGCACUGGAGUACGUGGAGCUUUAUCUACUGAAUACUUUUUAAGAAAAGGAUAUGCAGUUAUUUUUUUUCAUAGAAAAGGGAGUGCUUUACCUUUUGUUAAUAGAUGCCCAUCAUUGUUUAAAAUUUUGCGCUCAUGCUCUAUACAAAACGAUACAAUUAAUAUUAACUGUUUAGAAAAUACCAAUUUUGAAAAUAUAAAAUUGGCAGCAAAGUAUUUGCAAACCUAUUCAUUACAGACUCUAUUCUUGGAAUUUGAGACAGUUGCUGAAUAUUAUGUUGGGCUGAAGUGUAUUUCUGAAUAUUGUGUACCAAUUCAAUCUUCGACAGUAUUUUUUUUGUGUGCAGCUGUGUCUGACUACUAUAUACCUGAUAAGUAUCUACCAGAAAACAAAAUUUCAACUAGGGAAAACAAUAAUGGGAAUGAAAUAAUGGAACCUGCAUAUGUCUUAAAUUUGUACCUAAUUCCUAAGUUUUUGGAUUUACUCAUUAAUACUUGCAGAGAAAGCUUCAUUGUUUUAUUUAAGCUAGAGACAGAUUCUGAAGAUCAACUUAUUAAAAAAGCAAGCAAUUUGCUAGAGAAAUAUAGAGUAAAUAUUGUUUGUGCAAAUAUGCUACAUACAAGGCGUGAAAAGAUCAUUGCAUUGACAUCCAAUGGCAGAACAGUUAUACAGGUGGAUAAAAAUAGUGACAACCCAAUUGAAAGUAAACUAAUUAAUUAUAUUGAUCAAUUAUUUGCAAAUUUUAUGGAUUGUAUAGAUUAA